UCCCAAUUCUACCUCUAACCUGUUUUGUUAUUAGUUCAUCAAUUGUUGAUCAUAAAUUAUCCUUGGUUUAUAUCCUUAACCGAUCGAUCUUCUAAUUAAUUAAGAUAUGGCUUUAGUUGGUAAGCUUGAGACGGAGGUAGAGAUAAGUACAGCUGCUGAUAAGUUCUACAAAAUUUUCUCGGGCCAAAUGCACCUGCUUCCUAACAUCUGCUCUGACAAAAUACAAGGGGUUGAGCUGCACGAAGGUGAUUGGGAGACUGCGGGUUCUGUCAAGCAUUGGGAUUAUACGUUGGAUGGGAGUUCGUUAAGUGUAAAGGAGACGGUUGAAGCGAUAGAUGAGGAAAACAAAACAGUGAAGUUCAACGUUCUGGAUGGAGAAAUCUUGAAGCAUUAUAAGAGCUUUAGGGUGACACUAAAAGUAACAGAAAAGACUACUGGAGGGGGCAGUUUGGUGAAAUGGAUAAUUGACUAUGAGAAGGUGAAGGAGGAAAUCCCAGAUCCAGAAUCAUAUCAGGACUUUGCAGUGAAGGUCACCAAAGACCUUGAAGCUCAUCUUCUCACUGAAUGAGACACAGCUAUUAUUAGUAAUAAAUGGUUCGAAUUAUAACUAAGGCCUUUUUUUUUUUUUUAAUUGUGGGAUUUGAGUAACGUUGUAUUUAUACGUACAUAAAAAAAAAAAGACACAAAGCUUGAGUCAGUUGGGUGUCUUCCAUGUAUAAGGGAUGAUUUCGUCUUAAUCAUUAUCUUGUACAUUAACAGAGCGUGUGCAAAUAUGUAUUUGGUAUGCAACAACAUUUGUAUUUGUAUCUGUUUAAUUUCUUAUAUAAGAAACAUCUUCAGUUUGAUUCCUAG